AUGCUUCUCAGAAUGGACGCAAUUCGCAAUUGGAUGAUUUCGAUUCUGUUCGCGGUUCUCAAUGUUACCAACGUCAAUCCAUAUCCAAGUCAUAUUGUUAUAAAAUCUUUUGGAAAUAAUGAAGAGGUUUCGCGAAUCGCCUUAAAAGCCAUGGAAUACACAACCGACAGAAUCAAUUCGAGAGAUGAUAUUCCGUUCAAAUUGGCUUUUGAUCAUCGUCAUGUCGAAGAAGGCGCUGCGGUUUCGUGGAAUAUGGUUAACGCAGUAUGCGAUGAGCUCAAAGAAGGAGCCAUGACACUAAUCAAUAGUGUCGAAGGAAAGGGUCGAGAAGGCAUUCGCGGCGUCUCAGACGCCUUGGAAAUGCCGCUAAUCUCAUUAGCUUCGCCUUAUAAUGAUGAGCCGGUGUUCACAAAUAUAUAUGAGCUCUCCAUUCGACCGCCGAUCAGCGAACUGCUAGCUGAUUUCAUUGUGCACAAAGGCUGGAAUGAGGUGCUCGUGUUUGUCGACAGCCAACACUCGAGUCUUAGCCUCCCAGCGUUGUGGCGACAUUUGCGAGAGCGCACAAACUCGUCGGUGAAAGCGUCGAUGUACGAUUUGCCGACGGACGAGGAGAAAUUUGAAAUAUUUCUGAUGGGAUUCAAUUUGAAGCGCAAUAAUGAGACGAAUCGAGUUUUAAUUGAUUGCUCGUCGCCGAAACGUUUAAAAAAGCUUCUAAUCGCAAUUCGAUCGGCUCAAUUCAGCCAGGCGAAUUAUCAUUAUGUGCUGGCAAAUUAUGACUUUCUUCCUUAUGAUCAGGAAAUGUUCCAAAAUGGGAAUAUCAAUAUUAGCGGAUUCAAUAUAAUCGAUAAAGAAAACCAUGAGUAUUGGUCGCUGAAAAAACACUUGAAACAAUCGAAUUCGCAAGCUGAUGAUGUCACGGUUGAAGCUGCAAUCGGUCAUGAUGCGAUGCUUGUCAUCUGGCACGGCUUCGCCAAAUGCUUGCAAUCCAACGAUUCACUAUUUCACGGCACCUUCCGCCACCGCCGAUUUUUCAAUCGCGGCUUCCCCGGCAUUUACUGCGAUCCAUUAUCCGACCGGGCGCAUCCAAAUCGCCCGUUUUCAUCAUUCGAGCAUGGCAAAACAAUUGGAGUUGCUCUACGCAAUCUGCGAAUCGGAUCGAGAGAAGGAACAAUGACGGGAAAUAUUGAAUUCGAUCGAUACGGAAACCGAAAGAAUUUUGAUGUUUCCAUUGUUGAUUUGGUGUCAAACACAAAAGCGACAUUUAAUAGAAGAGAGGUGCUAGCGUGGCGGCAAGGCGUCGGAUUCUUCAGCAAUCGUACCGUAGCGCAGCAUUCUCGAAAAAUUCACGACAAUCGAAAAACCGAUCAAGUCAUCGUGCUGACUAAUUUGGUCGCCCCGUUCGUGAUGAUUAAACGCGAAUGCAUGGAAGGAAAUAAGACCGAAUGCGAAGGAAACAAAAAAUUCGAAGGAUAUUGCAUCGACCUUCUGAAACUAUUGGCGAUGAAAAUCGACGGAUUCAAUUACACAAUUCGUCUCGGCACGAAAGCGGGAUCAAAACAAGAAGACGGCAGUUGGGAUGGAAUGAUUGGCGAAUUGCACAACGGAAACGCGCACGCGAUUGUCGGCUCGGUGACGAUCAACCAAGAACGAGAGCGAGUCGUCGAUUUCUCGAAGCCAUUCAUGACAACCGGAAUUUCGAUUAUGAUCAAGAAGCCCGACAAACAGGAAUUGUCCGUGUUCUCGUUCAUGCAACCGUUGAGCACCGAGAUUUGGAUGUACAUCAUUUUCGCCUACAUCGGAGUGUCUGUCGUCAUAUUUCUCGUCUCUCGAUUCUCACCGUACGAAUGGCGCGUUGAAGAGACUUCCGGCGGCGGCUUCACAAUUUCCAAUGAUUUUUCUGUCUAUAAUUGCCUCUGGUUCACAUUGGCCGCAUUCAUGCAACAGGGAACCGACAUUUUGCCAAGAUCGAUUUCGGGUCGAAUUGCUUCGUCGGCUUGGUGGUUCUUCACAAUGAUCAUCGUUUCGUCGUAUACUGCGAAUCUUGCCGCGUUUCUGACGCUUGAGAAAAUGCAGGCGCCUAUCGAGAGCGUCGAGGAUCUCGCAAAACAGACGAAAAUCAAAUAUGGAAUUCAAGGCGGUGGAUCGACGGCUUCAUUUUUCAAGUAUUCAUCGGUGCAAAUCUAUCAAAGAAUGUGGCAGUACAUGGAAUCCCAAGUGCCUUCUGUGUUCGUGUCAAGUUAUGCGGAAGGUAUCGAAAGGGUCCGAACGCACAAAGGAAGGUACGCGUUCAUGCUGGAAGCCACUGCGAAUGAUUAUGAGAAUACGAGGACACCGUGCGACACAAUGAAAGUUGGAGCGAAUUUGAACAGUAUCGGUUACGGUAUUGUGACACCUUUUGGUUCCGAUUGGAAGGAUCACAUAAAUCUGGCGAUUUUGGCACUUCAAGAGCGGGGAGAAUUGAAGAAGCUUGAGAAUAAAUGGUGGUACGAUCGUGGGCAAUGUGACGGCGGAAUUCCGGUGGACGGCUCAUCGGCGAGUUUGAAUCUUUCAAAAGUUGCGGGAAUCUUUUACAUUCUCAUGGGCGGCAUGGUAGCUUCGCUCAUUGCCGCUGUCGGCGAGUUUUUGUAUCGGAGUCGAAUCGAGGCGAGAAAAUCGAACUCGAACUCGCUGGUGGCGAAUUUCGCGAAAAAUCUCAAAGGCGCCCUCUCGUCACAGCUGAAAUUGUCGAUCGAAGGUGGAGCGGUGGCGCAGCCUGGAUCGCAGUCGCACAACGCCAUUAAAAGGCAACAGGUGGCCGCCUUCCUACCAGCCAACGAGAAGGACGCGAGCUCCGAUCGAUCGCCGAGCUCGCUGUAUAACACUGCCGUGUAA